UUCAGAGCCAGGGCCUGGUAUCAGUCGGCUUGCAGACUUUCGCGUGUGCGGUGGUUUUGUGCGAACAAAAAGUAAACUAACAACUUGAAUUCGAAUUGGAUCGCAUCUGAAUCUGAAUCGGAAUCUGUAUCUGAAUCUGAAUCUGAAUCCGAAUGUGAAGCAAACAAACAAACGGAUCGAGAAAUUUUGCUGGGAUUAGGGCGCGACUUGUUGACAGUUUGCAGUCAUGUGAAAUGGUUCAAUUAGUGCAACAACAAUAAGCCACAAAGAAAGAAACUGUGUUUGAUUUACAUAAUUAACAAGUGGUGGGGCUGGCGCGCGGUUGAGUUCAGUUGAGAUUCAGUCGAAACUCCAUCCGAAGAACAAGCUGAACGAGAAUCGAAAAUAUAUUCCGUUAACGGAACCUCUAGUCGGGUAUCCAAAAGGCUCAUUAAGCUUACAUGCAUUGAAUUGCAUAACCAGCAGCUACAAGGCUAAAAGCUAAAAGAAGAUGAUGCUCCACUUACGUCACUGGCCACUCAUUCUGGCCAUGGCUUCCUGCCUGGCAUCAGCAGCAACCGUGGGAGGAGGAGGAGCAGCUGGAGGAGGAGAACCACCAUCAACGACAACAUCAUCUUUAUCCUCAAUACCGGGGAAAUAUCAGGCCUUGGGUGCAGCCCAUCAUCAGCCAAAGAAGCUGAAAAUCGGAGCCGUCAACUCCGCGCCGUCAACUUCCCCAUCGGAUGGCAAUGGCCAUAAACCAGUACCAGUACUCCGGCAGAAUCCGAUCAAGAAUUGGUUCGGUGCCUUCAAUCGCAAUAAUUCGCCGGCAGCUCAGAACCAAACAUCGCCGACAUGUUCCUGCAGGUGCGGCGAGCGAAACGACGAGUCCCGAAUUGUGGGUGGAACCACUACUGGGGUCAGCGAGUACCCCUGGAUGGCGCGCCUGAGCUACUUCAAUAGGUUCUACUGCGGCGGAACGCUGAUCAACGACCGCUACGUGCUGACGGCGGCCCACUGCGUCAAGGGGUUCAUGUGGUUCAUGAUCAAGGUGACCUUCGGGGAGCACGACCGCUGCAACGACAAGGAGCGCCCGGAGACCCGGUUCGUGCUCCGCGCCUUUAGCCAAAAGUUCAGCUUCUCCAACUUCGAUAAUGAUAUAGCCCUGCUGCGUCUGAACGAUCGGGUGCCCAUCACCAGCUUCAUCCGGCCCAUCUGUCUGCCGCGUCAGGAGCAGCGCCAGGAUCUGUUCGUGGGCACCAAGGCCAUAGCUACCGGCUGGGGAACGCUCAAGGAGGAUGGCAAGCCCUCGUGCCUGCUGCAGGAGGUGGAGGUGCCCGUCCUGGACAACGAGGAGUGCGUCGCCCAGACGAACUACACCCAGAAGAUGAUCACCAAGAACAUGAUGUGCUCGGGCUAUCCGGGAGUGGGUGGGCGUGACAGUUGCCAGGGUGACUCCGGCGGUCCGCUGGUCCGUCUCCGGCCGGAUGACAAGCGCUUCGAACAGAUUGGCAUCGUUUCGUGGGGCAAUGGCUGCGCCAGGCCCAACUAUCCCGGUGUCUACACCAGGGUGACUAAAUACCUGGACUGGAUUGUGGAGAACUCGCGGGAUGGGUGCUUCUGCGAUGAGGACUACUGAGUUUCGCGAGCGACGAAUCUUCGCCUUAGUUAUAGUGUAUUCCCUUAGUAGUCUAGAUCAUAUCUUAUAUUUUUAUACGAACCAACUGAAUAAAGUUAAACAAUGUCGUAGUUUUAGAUAUCCCAAGA